CCUUCGUUACAUCUCUUUAGUAUCCUUCCCUCUAUCGAUCAAGUCUGGUUUAAUCCCCACCUCAUUCUUAAGUAUAGGGACCUGAAACGCUUCCUGCUCUCACCAUUCUAUCAUGUGAGUGACUCUCAUCUCGUUUACAACAUGAUGUCGCUCUUAUGGAAGGGAAUUCAAUUGGAAACUUCUGUGGGAAGUGUUGAAUUUGCAUCUAUGCUUGCUGCUUUACUUGCUAUGUCCCAGGGUAUUACACUGUUGCUAGCCAAGUCCCUCCUCCUCUUCUUUGAUUAUGACAAACCUUUCUACUCUGAAUAUUCUGCUGGAUUUUCUGGUGUUCUAUUUGCCAUGAAAGUUGUCCUCAAUUCUCAGUCCGAGAGUCUUACUAAUGUCUAUGGAUUGGUCAUACCGGCACGCCAUGCUGCAUGGGCAGAGUUGAUUCUUAUCCAAAUGUUUGUACCUGGCGUCUCAUUUCUUGGCCACCUCGGGGGAAUACUUGCUGGGAUUCUCUAUCUCAAGUUGAAGAGAGCUUACUCAGGACCAGACCCACUCACUCUAACCAUCAGAACCCUUACCAAUGUAAUAAGCUGGCCUCUGAGGUUUGUGAGGAAUUUAUUUCAAUUCCGGCGAGGACGGAUUUCUGGUCGUGGAAGUGUUGGUGGGAGGCAGACGGGAAGGACAAUGUCAGGGCUGUGGAGAUGCCAAGCAUGUACAUAUGAUAAUUCCAGUAUGUUAAGUGUAUGUGAGAUGUGCGGGACAAGUCGGGGAGCUCGUGGAUUGUCCUCCCGUGAAUUUUCACGCCAUUCCGAUGACCUUACAUUGGAAGAAAUACGUCUUCGAAGGAUCGAAAGAUUUGGUUGAUCAGAUUCUUAACUCAUUUUAUACGCCACCAUUUGUUUUUUGAUUCUGUAGCCAAGUUAGAUGUGGAUUAAGACCAGUUCUCAAGUUUGGCAGACCUCUCCGCCCAUUUUUAUACUCGAGGUCCCUAUACUUUGAGAUGUAGCUGGUCGGUGUUUGCUUUCGUAAAAGAAGUAGAAGAUAGAUUUUCCACUCAAUCUCUUGGUUGUGGAUGCAAAGCAGAAAUGAGCAAUGGGAUAGCCCUCGAGUGUUUGAUGUUGUUUUCAAACAUUAGAUGAUUGCUUUGUGAAAGGAGUGGAAGUCAUCGAUUAAUGUUUAGCGACUUGCGCGGGAAGGCUUUCUGGUUGUUUUUUUAUUUAUUU